ACUAUGCUACCAUUACUCCUCCUCUCACUCCUCUCUCCAGUAACAGCAGUAGAAGUCUACCACCGCAUACAGCUCCCUUCCUCUCCCUCUACUUGGUCGCAUAGAGGUACCAUCGACCUCUCCUCCGUGCCGGCGUCCUACGCUCCUGCACCAGACGGCUCAGUUCUGUCCACGACCACAGGAGAAGAUGCAAUCUACCAGGUCGCGCUCGCUCUAGAAGGAAGAGCAGAAGACGACUGGCCUUUUGCCGGUGUGAAAGCCUGUUUCGCAGCCGCCGCAAAGGAGGAUACCAUCACCCUGCGUCUGUCUGCUUCAGGAGAGCCAUACACUCUGUCUUAUGCGCUAGAUCCGGCCCCAUCUGCACACUGCCCAGUGACAUCGUCCUCCCUAGGGCUGCAGAACACGUCUAUAGUGCUGCAUUUACCUGACCGCAUCCCACCGUUGGCACUCAAGACCCCACCCCAGCUGUCAGAAGAAGGCGAAGCCAUCAAGCCCGAGCCGGAAAAGUCGUUAAUCCAAAAAUACUGGAUGUACUUGCUCCCGGUUAUGUUGUUGCUCUUGAUGGCUCCUGGAGGGGAGCAGCAGGGCGGUGGAGGGGGAGGACAGUGAGAGAUGGGUGAUCUUAUGGGGAACCGCAACGUUGGGAUCUAGGUCAAAAGAUGUA